AAGUUUAGUGUCCAGAUGUUGAACACAAGUUCUUCAUUUCUUUCAUAAAAAUAAUUUUGUUAAAUUUUCUAUAAAAUGCAAGUACUGAACAUUCUUGUGAUAGCUUCUUUGUGAAUGUGUCAGUGUUCCUGAUUUGCGCAUGCCUUAUAAUUUAGGCUUUCUUUUGUUUGGGGUUGGCAGUUCCAACUGUUAAAGCUCUUGUCUGAUUCUGUGGAACUCCAUUUUAAUGGGAGCAGCUUCUUUGCUGAAUUUUUAAAAAAUGGUCUCGGAAGCUUCUUACUGUGGAUCUUUGUUGAGGACAAAGGAUUAUUUAUGCUAAAGGAAAAUGUAUUCCCCACUGAAUGAGCUCGUGGGAAGGAUAACAAGCUCAUUAAUAAUGCUCACUUGUACUUUGGCCUUUUGCUGUGGCAGAAAGAAGGAAAAAUUACAUCAAAAAGGACAUUCUGUUGUCUUUUGCCUUCCUGCAAAGAAAAUGUGGUAUAAUAUUAGGCUCUUUAGUUCAGUUUAGCUCAGGUUCAACUUUGGUAUCAGAAGAAAUAUUCCUGAAAGGAAAGGGAUAGAUGUAGUUGCUGCUGUGUAUCAGAAAAGCAACAAAGGAACUACAUCAAUAUAGAUGGCCAUGCAGCCUGCAAUUCAAGUAUGGUUUGGAGAAGAUCUGCCGUUAAGUCCAAGGAAUCCUCUGACUCCCAGACAUGGACCAGGAUUGGCUGAUGUUUGUCAAUAUGAUGAGUGGAUAGCUGUGAGGCAUGAAGCUACUCUGUUGCCUAUGCAAGAAGAUCUGUCAAUCUGGUUGUCUGGUUUGUUAGGUAUAGAAGUUAAGGCGGAGAGCUUAUUGGAAGAACUUGAUAAUGGAGUACUGUUGUGCCAACUGAUUGACAUUCUUCAAAACAUGGUGAAAACAUGUAGCGCUGAAGAACCAGAGAAAUUUCCAUUGAGAAAAGUGCCAUGUAAGAAAGAUGCUGCACCAGGUUCAUUCUUUGCCAGAGACAAUACUGCAAACUUUCUUCACUGGUGUAGGCAUAUUGGGGUUGAUGAAACUUACCUCUUUGAAUCUGAAGGUUUAGUUUUGCACAAAGAUCCAAGACAGGUAUAUCUUUGUCUUCUUGAAAUUGGACGAAUUGUGUCAAGAUAUGGAGUGGAGCCACCAGUAUUAGUAAAACUGGAGAAAGAAAUUGAAUUAGAAGAAACCUUGCUUAAUACUUCUGGGCCUGAAGAUUCCAUCAGUAUUCCCAAAUCAUGCUGUCAGCAUGAAGAGCUGCAUGAAGCUGUUAAACAUAUUGCUGAAGACCCUCCCUGUAGUUGUUCUCAUCGAUUUUCAAUUGAGUACUUAUCUGAAGGGCGUUACCGACUAGGGGAUAAAAUACUUUUUAUAAGAAUGCUUCAUGGAAAACAUGUUAUGGUCCGUGUUGGUGGAGGCUGGGAUACUCUUCAAGGAUUUUUGCUUAAAUAUGAUCCCUGUCGAAUAUUACAAUUUGCUACACUAGAGCAAAAAAUUCUAGCAUUUCAAAAAGGAGUUUCUAAUGAAAGCGUACCUGAUUCACCUGCCAGAAUACCUCAGCCUCCUGAAAUGAAUCCUUUGUCAGCGGUUAACAUGUUUCAGAAACAAACUUCAAAACCUGGCACGCCAGUUCCCAGGAGCAAGGAGAAGCAGGUGCAUCCACCAGGUGUUCUGCAGCCAGCUUCUUCACGGAAAGGAGGUAAUCUCGGCUCCACGUCAGACCCGUCUAAAUUUCCAAAGUCCCCAGCAGUGUCUUCCCAUCUGAAGUUCAAGUCUUCUAAAGACAAAACAAAAAAGCCACAUGCUCCAUCAAACAAUGUCUCAUCUUCACUGGCUUCUUUAAACCCGGUAGGUAAAAACACUUCUUCACCUGCUUUAUCAAGAACUGCACCUUGUGUUUCUGAGUCGUCAUCCUCCAGGACCCCUAAGGCCAAGGUUAUUCCAGCCCACAAAUCAAAAGACCUGCCUGAGUCUACUCUGUUGCCAAGUAAAUAUUCUGGAAAAACUGAGUUGAAGUAUUUGAAGCAGAAUCAUAUUUCUUCAAAGGAUGAAAAAGUAAUUCACUCAGCUGCACAUUUAAGUUCAUCGUCAAAGUAUCCAAAGGUACCUAAAGCAAACGUACACGUAAGGCCUAAACCUUCUCCUUUGCAGUCCCCUGCAAAAAUGACAAAAUCCAGUUCUAAAACCAAAGCCACAGUUCUAGAAACACUGUCUCAGCCAUCUGCUGGAGCCUCUCAUGCAGGGGUAGUCCCUGCACAGAAACUUAAAUCAGCCUUGAAUCUAAAUCAGCCAGUUUCUGUGUCCUCCAUUUCCCCUGCGAGAAAUGCACAGGAAUCAAAAGAUGCUAAAAUUUCAGUUGCCAAAAAGCAGCAUCAGAAUAAAAGUACAUGCCAAAAGGCAGGACCCAGUUCCUCAAAAUCCCCUGGCCGUACUCCACUGUCAAUCAUGAGUGUUCCCCAGUCUUCUGCAAAAGCACAGUUGAUACCAAAGUCAGCGCACAGUGCCACAAAGGGCCAGUAUUCAGCCAAAGGGCCUCCCAAAAGCGACAAGACUCCAACUUCAAGCAGGAAACCACCUUCUUCUGGUAAGGAAGCAGAUAAUGGAGAUAAGAAACCUACUGCAAAGAAAAAGGAAGAUGAUGACCAUUAUUUUGUUAUGACUGGAAGUAAGAAACCUAGAAAAUAAAUAAAUAUAUAUAUGUUUGUGUGUCAUUUUAAGAAAAUGGGACAGGAGCAGGUCAAUGUGUUAGCUUUGCACAUAAAAAUUUCUCCUGUAUGUAUUUGUCCAAAUAGGUGCAGACAUUAAGUACAAUGGAAUGGAUGAUUAAGGUUGAGGUUGGGGUCAGAGGCUGGGAUGAGGAGGAGGCUCCUCAGAAUUCAGAUCUCUGAAUUCACCAGAAGCUACUCUUGUAAGGCAUACUGUUGUAAAAUCACCACAUGGUUCUUAUUGAAAAAUAGACGUGCAUGUGAUUUCAGUCUAUAGCAUCAGUAUCAGUGGCUGUCUUUAAGGGAAAUGUACAAGUCAAAUAACACUACUAGAAUUACAAUUACAGCAGGAGCGGGAAACCUUUCUUCUGUGAAGGGCCAUUUGGAUAUUUAUAAUGUCAUGCUUGGGCCAUACAGAAUUAUCAGCUUAAAAAAAAAUUUGCUUGCUGUUACUGAAUUGCGAGUCAAGGCAGGCCAGACCAAAGGACCUGCAGGCCUUAUAUGGCCCACAGACUGGUUGUUCCCUACCCCUGAACUAUGGGGACUGUUUUUAAAAUAUAGUUUUAAAAGAUGGGGUUACAUACUUGCUAAUGCAGCAGUGGUGCUCUUAAUAUUAGAUAUUACAUUUUAGUAAAAAAGAAACGGUUUGGCACUUGUCCUACAGAAGGCACCUAAUUUAACUUCCUGGUCACCAUUGCCUGGUCCAACAAUGCCAGGUGACAAUGGUGUGCAUGUUAGCUUGGCAUUGCUCUGGGCGAGGUACAGUUCUUAGUACUUACAUGUUUUUAAGCUUUCAAAUCAGAAGGAAGUGAUUAUUUUACCUGGCAAUAUUUUGUUACCAGUGUUUUUGGUAUAAAUAAAUAAAAUUAAUUUAUUGAAACAAAAACUGAAACUUGGUUUAAAAAAAUCCAAGAUUUUAACUAUAUUGUCUAUAAAAACUUUGCUUAUAUUUUAGUAGAUAUUGUGCAAUGUAAUGGGGAGACUGAUUUAAUAGCUACUAGCAUAUUAGAGAUAUUUUAAUGUUUCCUAUGAAUACAGAUAUGAAUUUUACAUGAAAAUAAUGUAUUUAACAUCAGAGUUAUUUUAACAAUCUUUUUUUAUUUUAUAUUUUGGUGAUCCAACACUAAUAUUUAUUUUAUUGCUCAAAUUACUUUGCUUUUGUGUUUUGAGCACUCUUUUAUUUUUCCCCAGAGAAACCUUUUAUUUAAGGAAAAACAAACUUCAUGCAUUUCAUAAGUACAACUUUAGGAAUAUAUUGAUUUUUCCCUCUGUGCCUGCCCUCCCACCCACACUUGCACACUUCUUCCACCCUUUCCUAUUCCCAGUCUUAUUUUAUACUAAUGUCUAUUUCCAAUUAACUUUAUACACAGAAUAUUAAGUCUAUAGUAAGUAAAGAACUUCUCAAAAUGUAUGAAAAAAGGAAACAAUUUUUAAAAAUUAAAAACUUUCUCAACAGUUGAAACAGGGAUGUUCAGAGUCAUUGCAUCUCAAAGUUAAAUUAACUUUUUUUUUUUUUAGAAACUUAAUUAACUUAAAAAAGAAGCACCCAAGAAUGAUACAUCUUUUGGAAGCACUUAGAGAUAACUGUAGCUUAUGAGACUUAAGAAUAGCCUAUUCCCUUACUACAUUAAAAGAAAGUAAGUCUUUGGGAACAAGUUUUAUCAUUAAAGAAGCUCCUAAGAAAACAAACAAUGGAGUUGGACACUUUGGCAUAGCUAAAACUUAUGAGACAUAAGUAUAUCCUCUACUUAAUAUACUAAGAUGGAAUAGAUCUUUGAAAACAAGUUUUAUUGCUAGCUCUCCUAAUAUAACUCUUUGAGGGCAGAGGUCCUUCAUGAGAAGUUAGUGCACAGUGACUCCUGUUGUUAAUUUAAUAAUUAACACUCUUAUGUAUAAUGUCAGUCAUCACCCGAGGCUUUUGACAUGAGCUGCCUAGGCUAUGGAAGCCUUUUGAAUCCACAAACUCCAUCAGUAUUUAGAUAAGGUCAUAUGCAAAGUGGAAAUUCUCUCCUCCCUUCAGAGAAAAAUACAUCCAUCUUUGAUGAUCACUUUUUUCCACAGGGUUCUCACCCAUAGAGGUCCUUCAUUUUUUGCCAUAGUGUGUUGGCUUUCCAUUCCUGAUGUGCUCUCAUGGGCUUGUCAGCCAGACCAGAAUGCCUUAAGGGCUGAUUCUGAGGUCAAAGUGCUACUUUAAGUGAUUGUCAUUCUAAGAGUUUGCUGUAUGGACUGUUUCACAUGCUGGAGCAUUCACUCCUUUUUAUUUCUAUCUAUUAUUAUUACCAGAUACUUAAUCCUAUUUAUGAUUACUUUAACACUUAAUCUUAUCCAUAUGAUCACUCCAAUAUUCAAAAUGCUAUUUUUGCCCCCUAGCUUUAGAGGAUUUGGGGUCCCAUGGAAAGUUUUUAAACUGUACCAUUAGAAGUAAGUCCAUAAGAAUGUAUAAAGAACUAUACAGCUUUACAAUUACAGACUUCAUACACUUCCUAAUUACAACUUUAGGAAUAUAGUCAUUCUUCCCACCAUGCCCAUACUCCAACCCCUCUUCCUCCUCCUUCUCUUAUUCCCACUCUUAUUUUUUACUAGGAUCUAUUUUCAAUUAACUUUAUACACAUAUGAUUAACUCUAUGUUAAGUAAAGAGUUCAAUAAAUAUUAAGAAGAAAAAAAACUGUUCCUCAACAAUCAGGACAGGGCUAUUCAGAGUCAUUGCUUCUCAAAGUGUCAAUUUCAUGUCUACAGAUUGCCUUCUAGGUGUCCUGUUAGUUAUCAUGGGUCAGGGAGAACAUAUGAUAUUUGUCCUUUUGGGACUGGCUUAUUUCACUAAGUAUGAUGUUUUCCAGUUUCAUCCAUUGAAUUGUAAAUCAUCAAUUUCAUUUUUUUUGCUGCUGUAUAGUAUUCCAUGGUGUACAUAUCCCAUAAUUUCUUUAUCCAGUCUUCGGUUAACAUGCAUUUGGAUUAAUUCCAUAUCUUUGCUAUUGUGAAUUGAGCUGUAGUAAACAUGGGGGUACAGAUAGCUCUUUCAUAUGCUGAUGUCACUUCCCUUGGGUAAAUUCCCUGUGGUGGGAUGGCUGGGUCAUAUGAUAGAUUUAUAUUCAGAUUUCUGAGGUAUCUCCAUACUGUCUUUUUUUUUUAAAGAUUUAUUUAUUUUUACUUGAAAGUCAGAGUUACAUAGAGGAGAGGCAGAGAGAGAGAGAGGGAGAGAGAGAGGUCUUCCAUCCACUGGUUCACUCCCCAGUUGGCCACAACAGCCGGAGCUGAGCUGAUCAGGAGCCAGGAGCCAGAAGCGUCUUUCAGACUCCCACAUGGGUGCAGGGCCCAAGGACUUGGGCCAUCUUCUACUGCUUUCCCAGGCCAUAGCAGAGAGCUGGAUCAGAAGUGGAGCAGCCAGGUCUCAAACUGGCCCAUAUGGGAUACCAGCACUGCAGGUGGCGGCUUUACCCACUACACCACAGAGCCAGCCCCCAUACUGUCUUUCAUAUUGGCAUUACCAGUUUACAUUCCCACCAACAGUGGUUUAAGGUACCUUUUUCCUCACAUCCUCACCAGCAUUUGUUGUUUGCUGACUUUUGUAUGAACGCCAUUCUAAUGGGGGCAAUGUGGUUUUGAUUGGCAUUUCCCUGACAGCUAGUGAUCCUGAGCAUUUUUUCAUAUGACUGUUGGCCAUUUGGAUUUCCUCUUUUGAAAAAUGCCUGUUUAAUUCCUUUGCCCAUUUAAUAACUGGGUUGUUUGUUGUUGAGUUUCUUGGUCUCUUUGUAUAUUCUGGUUAUUAAUCUCUUUGUAUAUUCUGGUUAUUAAUCCUUUAUCAAUUGUAUAGCUUGCAAAUAAUAUCUCCUAUAUUACCUGUUCACUUUCUUGAAUGUUUCUUUUCCAGUACAGAGCUUCUCAAUUUGAUGUAAUCCCAUUUAUCAAUUGUGGCUAUGAUUGCCAGUACCUCUAGGGUCCUUUCUAAGAACACUUGGCCUAUGCCAGUGUCUUGCAGGGUUCCCCCUGUGUUCUCUAAUAAUUUGAUGGUAUCAGGUUGUAGAUUUAAGUCUUUAAUCCAUUUUGAGUGGAUUUUUGUGUAAGGUGUAAGGUAGGGAUCUCGCUUCAUGCUUCUGCAUGUGUGGCGAUCCAAUUUUCCCAGCACCGUUUGUUGAAGAGACUGUUCUUACUCCAGGGAUUGAUUUUAGCUUCUUUGUCAAAGAUAAGUUGGUAAUAGAUGCUUGGAUUGGUUUCUAGAGUUUCCAUUGAGUUCCAUUGGUCUAUCCAUCUGUUUUUAUACCAGUACCAGGCUAUUUUGAUUAUAGCUGCUCUGUAAUGUAUCUUGAAGUCUGGUAUUAUGAUGCAUCCGACUUUGUUUUUGUUGUAUAAGAUUGCUUUAUCUAUUUGGGGUUUCAUGUGUUUCCAUAUGAAUUUCAGUAUCAUUUUUUCUACAUCUGAGAAGAAUGCCCUUGGUAUUUUGAUUGAUAUAGCAUUGAAUCUGUUAAGUUGCUUUCAGUAGUAUGGACAUUUUGAUGGUAUUAAUUAUUCUAAUCCAUGAACAUGGAAGAUUUUUCCCUUUUUGUAUAUUCUAUUUUUUUCUGUAAUGCUUUGGAAUUCUUAUUGUAGAGAUCCUUGACAUCCUGGGUUAAGUUUAUUCCAACAUUUAUUUAUUAAUUUUUUUUGGUAGCUGUUGUGAAUGAGAUUGAUCUUAGAAGUUCUUUCUCAGCCGUGGCACUAUUUGUGUAUACAGAGGCUCUUAAUUUUUGUGUGUUGAUUUUAUAUCCUUCUACUUUACCAAACUCUUCUAUCAGUUCCAAUAGUCUAUUAGUAGAGUCUUUUGGAUCCCCAAAUAUAGAAUCAUGUUAUCUGCAAAUAGAGAUAGUUUGACCUUCUCCUCCCCAAUUUGUAUCCCUUAGAUAUUUUUUUCUUGCCUAAUGGCUCUGGCUAAAACUUCCAGGACUAUAUUGAAUAGCAGUGGUGAGAGUGUGUGUGCUUGUCUGGUUCCAGAUCUCAGUGGGAAUGCUUCUAACUUUUCCUCAUUCAAUAGGAUGCUGGCUAUGGGUUUAUCAUAAAUUGCCUUGAUUGCAUUAAAAUUAUUCUUUCUAUACCCAAUUUGCUUAGAAUUUUCAUCAUGAAGGGACACUGUAUUUUAUCAAAUGCUUUCUCUGCAUCUAUUGAGAUAAUCAUUUGGUUUUUGUUCUUGAAUUUAUUAAUGUGGUGUAUCACAUUGAUUUGCGAAUAUUGAACCAUCCCUGCAUUCCAGGGAUAAAUUCUACUUGGUCAGAGUGGAUGAUCUUUCUGAUGUUUUGUUGGAUUUGAUUGACUAAUAUUUUGUUGAGGAUUUUUACAUCUGUGUUCAUCAGGGAUAUUGGUCUAUAGUUCUCUUUCUUUGUUGCUUCUGUUCCAGGUUUGGGUAUUAAGGUGAGGCAAGCUUCAUAGAAGAAGUUUGGGAGGAUUCCCUCCUUUUCAAGUGUUUUGAAUAGAUUGAUAAGAAUUGUAAUUAGUACUUUAAUUUUCUGGUAGAAUUUAGCACUGAAGCCUUCUAGUCAUAGUGUUUUCUUUGUUGGAAGAGUCUUUAUUACUGAUUCAGUCUCCAUCUUGGUUAUUGAUCUCAUGUUUUCUCUCCAUGACUCAAUUUUGGUAGAUUGUAUCUUUUUAGGAAUCUAUCCAUUUCUUAUAGGUUUGCUAGUUUAUCAGCCUACAACUCUUUGUAAUAAUUUUUGAUGAUUCUUUCUAUUUUUGUGGUGUCUGUUGUUAGAUUUGCUUUUUCCUCUCUGAUUUCAUUGAUUUUGGUCUUUUCCUUUUAUUUAUUUAUUUAUUUUUUUGGUUAGGUGCACAGUUGUGUAUCAAUUUUGUUUAUUUUUUCAAAAAACAGCUUUUUUAAAAUUUUUUCUCUAAUUUUAAAUUUCUUUCUUUCUACUAGUUUUGGGUUUGGUUUGUUGUUGAUGUUAUAGGUCCUUGAUAUGCAUUGAUGGCUCAUUUAUUUGGUGCCUUCCCAGUUUCUUCAUGUAGGUUCCAAUUGCUAUGAACUUCCCUUUUAACACUGCUUUUGCUGUAUCCCAUAGGUUUUGAUAUGAUGUGUGUCAUCUUCAUUUGUUUCCAGAAAUUUUUGAUUUCUCUUUUUAUUUCUUCUAUGACCUACUCUUUAUUCAGGAGCAUGUUAUUCAGUCUCCAUAUGUUUAUGUAUGUUCUAGAGAUUCUUGAGUUGUUGAUUUCUAGCUUCAUUCCAUGUGGUCCGAGAAGGUGCGUGGAAUGAUUUAGAUUUUUUCGAAUUUGGUUUCUAUAAGCAUGGACUAUCUUUCCAUCCAUUCACUUUCAGUCUACAUGCAUUGUUUUUGGUGAGAUGUGUUUCUUGUAAGCAGCAAAUAUAUGGGUCUUGUUUUCAAUCCAUUCAGCCAGUCUGUAUCUUUUAACUGGAGGAUUGAGGCUGUUUACAUUCAAGGUGACUAUUAAUAAGUAACAACCUGACCCUGCCAUUGUUGUGUAAAUAUUCCUAUUGUUUAAUUGGAUUUAUUUUGGAUUUCUAUUGGUGGUUUUUCUGCCUUCUCAUUCUUUCAUAAUGAUGGCUAUCUUUCUGUAUCUCUGUGUAGCACAUCCUUAAGCAUCUUCUGUAAGUCUGGAUGAGUGUCGACAAAUUCUUUCAAUUUCUAUUUGUUAAGGAAGGUCUUUAUUUUGCCUUCAUUCAUAAGUACAAGCUUUGUGGGGUAUCAUAUUCUGAGUUGACAGUUUUUUUCUUUUAAGACUUGGACUAUACCUUGCCAUUCCCUUCUGGCCUGUAGGAUUUCUGAUGAGAAGUCAACUGUGAGUCUAACUGGUGAUUCUCUGAAAGUGAUUUGUUGGUUCUCUCUUGCCCAUUUUAGAAUCUUUUAUGUUUUACUGUGGAAAGUUUGAUAUAAUGUGUCCUUGGUGAGGGUCUUUUCUGGUCAUGUCUUUAGGGGUUCUAUGUGCUUCAUCUACUGGAACAUCCCUUUCUUUCUCCAAAUUGGGAAGUUUUCUGUAACUGUUUUACUCACCCUGUCCACGGCUGCGGCUCUCUGUGGGUGCCUUAGCACUUACCACGCAGUUUCAAGCUGUUUCCCCUUCUCCCGUGGGGCUGCCUGGGUGGUUUUCUCUUAUCUUCUCCUCCAAGUGUGUAUUCCCUACCUUAUUCCCCACGCUUUUUCUUCCUAGCCCUGCAUAGCGUGCUGCUCCCUAAUCCACCAUUUUUUCCAGGUUUUAACAAUCUUAAAAUUAAGAUAAUGUUAAAAGAAUCUUUGAUACUAUAUGUAAUUUCUAUCAUGUGAUUAUCAUUUUUCUUGAGAUUGUGCAAUAAUACCAGAGUUAGUUAGAUUUUACCAAUUAUUUUAAUGGUCUUUAAUAACAUCAUGCUGCCUGCAUGUUUCUGAUGGCAAGUGGCUAGCCUGUGAGGAUGUUUUCUGCUGUGUAGGAAGAUUUUCUCAGAAAUCUCCCCAUCACAUAAUGGUGGCAUAGACUCCAUCUAUUUAAAAUUACACUUGCAAAUAAUUUAUUUUUAAGGUUUGUGACUAUUUAAAAAUUAUUAAUAUACUUUGAGAAGUGUUACAGUAUUAGGUUAUUAUGUUCAAUAUUGAGGUUUGCACAUCUAUGUUUGCUUUCAACUAAAAUGUUUUUACUAGAGAAAAAUAAAGUUCAUACAAAUGUACAGUCAUAGAACAAGCUUAAGUUGAUUACUAACAUUCUAUAGAUCAUAAAGCAAGAAAACGUAUAAAAAUAAGUGCUCUAGGGGUGAGUGUCGUGGCACAGUGAGUUAAGCCACUGCUUGGGACUCUUUACAUCCCAUAUCAGAAUGCCUGGGAUCAAGUCUUUGCUUCUGAUCCAGAUUCCUGCUAAUGUACCUAGAGACAAACAUAAAGCCAAGGCACUUGGGUUCCUGCCACCUAUGUGGGAGAUCUGGGUGGAGUUCUUGGCUCUUGACUUCAGCCUGGACUAACCAUGGCUUUUUUUUUUUUUUUUUAAGAAUUAUUUAUUUAAGAGGCAGAAUUUCAAAGAGGGGAAAGACAGAGAGAGGUCUUCCAUCUGUUGCUUCACUCCUCAAACAGCUGCAAUGAUGGAGCUGAGCCAACCCGAAGCCAGGAGCCAAGAACUUCUUCCAGGUCUCCACUUGGGCCAUCUUCCACUGCUUCUCAAGCAUUAGUUGGGAGCUGGAUCAGAAGUGGAGCAGGGACCAGCACUGUGGCGUAGUGGGUAAAGCCACCACUUGCAGUGCCAGCAUCCCAUAUAGACAAUGUUUCCAGUCCCAGCUGCUCCACUUCACAUCCAGCUCUCUACUAUGGUCUGGGAAAGCAGUGGAGGUUGGCCCAGGUCCCUGGGCCCCGGCAUCCACGUAGGAGACCUGGAGGAAGCUCCUGGCUCCUGGUUUUAGAUCAGCCCAGCUCCAGCCAUUGUGGCCACUUGUGGAGUGAACCAGCAGAUGGAAGACUUCUCUCUGCCUCUGCCUCUCUGUAACUCUGCCUUUCAAAUAAAUAAUAAAAUAAAUCUUUCAAAAAGUGUAGUAGGCAGGACUCGAGCCAGGGCCCAUAUGGGAUGCUGGUACCACAGGUGGAGGCUUAACCUACUAUGCCACAGCACCAAACCCCCAACUCUGGCUUUUGUGGGCAUCUGGGGAGUGAACCAGAUGGUGGAAGAUCUCUGUCAGUCUUCCAAAUAAAUAAAUAAUCUUUAAAAAAAUUUAUCUUUUGCCUGACAUACACAUUUGAAAUUUAAAAAAAAAAAGCAGGCUAGAUUUUGGAAUAAUUGAUGCUCCUCUUAAAAGAGACACAUAUUUGGCUUAACUCUCCUAUUGAUCUGGAUAUUGACACUAAUAAUAUUUAUGUCUUUGGAAAGUAAAGUCAAUGCUCAAAAGGUAGAAACUUUACAUUUUUAGUAGGCAAAACUAUUUAAUGCUUCUUUCAAAGGGGGCGGGAGUUUAUUUUCAAGGAAUUUUUUUUCCCUUGUAAGACCAUACAGGGGACAGCUUUGUGGCAUAGCAGGUAAAAGCUGUCGCGAUGCUAGCAUCCCAUAUGGGUGCCAGUUCAUGUCCUGGCUGCCCCAUUUCUGAUCCAAUUCUCUGCUAGUAGCCUGGGAAAAGCAGUGAAGGAUGGUCUGAGGGCUUGGGCCCCUGCUACCCAUGUGGGAGACCAGGAUCCUGGCUUUUGGUUUCAGCCUGGCUCAGACUUGGCUAUUAUGGUCAUUUGAGGUGUGGACCUCUCUCUUUGUAACUCAUUCAAGUAAAUACAUAAAUCUUUAAAAAGAAAAGACCAAACAAUACUUGUAUAUCAAUGUCUUUUAAUUUGAAAAAAAGUAAAUGGUAUUAUAGCCAAACUAUGAAUCUAAAUAGAUUUUGCAAUUAUGUGAACAUUAACUUUUGUAUUGAGCACAGAAAUAAAAGUAUUCCACAGACAUCUGAAAUAAAUUCUAGAAUUGACCAAAGUAAUUGUUCAUUUGGAUAAUUGGAAGUCAAUUUAUAAGUAACUUUGUUCUUAAAUUGUAGGAAAUUUCUCUAAUUGUAUUCACAUUGAAUGAAUUUGUAUACACACACACACACAUAUAUAUAUAUAUAUAGUUUACCCUUCCAAAAUAAAAGUUUUGUUUGAACAAACAAGGCCUGAAAGAAAAUUUCUUCAAACAUUUUGGACUCCUCCUAGUGUUUUUAAUCACUUAAACAAAUUUUAAAGCAAUUUUUAAUGUUUUUAUAGUUGGGAAGAAGUUCUCAUCCCUUCUUAAUAAUAUGCAAGAUUUUAGAGGGUCUUUUUUGUAUUUAAUUUUAAUAAAAUGAGUAUUAAGCUUAAAUAAGUGAGAGAAGAAAUAAAAUUGGAAUGUCUUUAUUUUUCUUUGCUGUAGUAAAACUCCAGAUGGAAAUGAAAUGUUGGUUAUUUUCACAUUGUUUGAGCUUAGAGUAUAUAUUUAAGACAUAUCAUCACAAUGCCUUGAUAAAUUACAUGACCUAUAAGUUUCCUCUCUGGGGUGAGUUUACAGUUGUUAAUGGAAAAAUGGAUUUUUUUUUUUUACAGAAAAAUUGUUCCCUUCUAUAAUCUGUAUCUUGUUCUGCUUUAAAAUCUGUUACUUCUGCAAAAGGCUUUAGUAUCUGGGUGUUACAAUGUAUUUUUACCUCUAGGUUCAGAUACUGACUCCACUUUGAAUCCAAAUUUAUGCAAUUUUUUGUGCCAGCAGUGUUUGUAUAGAAUUUUGACUUAUAUUUUCUCAAGGAUUAAAAUUUACACGUGUAUA